GGGCGAGGCGAGGCAAAAACGCCCUGACGCAUAAAUAAUAAAACGCAAUGCGAGAAAGGCGUACACCUUUUCCAAUGAGGCGUGUCUGAGGCGCGCUUUGAUCGCGCCUUUUACGCUCCGAGAAGAAGGCGCACGCGUUGUAGAAGUUGAUGUGGCUAUGAAGAAAUUAAAAAAAAAAGCCCUAACUGAUCCCUAAAGCAAAACCCGAGUCCCGAUUGAAGGCAAACAGAAAUUGGGAGAAAAACUCCAAAAGGAAACCCUACCUGAAGCGGCGACGGAGUGCUCAACCUCAGGCGGCGACCAAUCUAGAGCAUCUUCUCCGGCGACGACCAAUCGCAGAGCAUCUUCUUCGGCGGCAAUCCUUCUCGUUCAUCUCCAGAAUGAGUUCCUCCGAUUCGAAAUAUUCAAGAAAAGAUUUUGUGUGGAAGUAUGUUAUUGAAGUUGCCGGGGAGCAAUAUUUAAGACGUAAAUUUUACAAUCAAAGAUGCACGGGAGGGGUGACUAGACUCAAGCAUCACUUAGCCGGAACUCAUCAUGGUAUGAAACCAUGCAACAAGGUUAGUGAAGAUGCUAGAUUGGAAUGCAAAGAGGCAUUGGCCAAUUUUAAGGAUCAAAAAACGAAAAGAAAUGAAUUGCUCUAAGAAAUUGGUAUGGGUCCAACUUCAAUGCAUGAGAGUGCCUUGUCUAAAACAAUAGGGACAUUAGGGAGUGGGAGUGGGAGUAGGAGUGUAAGUGGGGGUGGGGAACCUAUUCCUAGGGGACCCAUGGAUAAAUUUACCACUUCACAACCUAGACAAACUACUUUGAAUUCAAAGUGGAAGCAAGAAGAAAGGAAGGAAGUGUCUAGAAAAAUUGGUAGGUUCAUGUAUUCAAAAGGUCUCCCAUUCAACACUGUGAAUGAUCCUUAUUGGUUUCCUAUGAUAGAUGUUGUUGCAAAUUUUGGGCCCGGGUUUAAGCCUCCAUCUAUGCAUGAAUUGAGGACAUGGAUUCUUAAAGAAGAGGUGAAUGACCUAAGUAUCAUUAUGGAAGAUCACAAAAAAGUUUGGAAACAAUAUGGAUGUUCAAUUAUGUCAGAUGGUUGGACAGAUGGAAAGAGUAGGUGUCUUAUCAAUUUUUUGGUGAAUAGUCCUGCUAGCACUUGGUUUAUGAAAUCAAUUGAUGCUUCUGAUACAAUAAAAAAUGGGGAAUUGAUGUUCAAAUAUCUUGAUGAGGUGGUUGAAGAAAUUGGAGAGGAGAAUGUUGUGCAAGUCAUCACUGAUAAUGCCUCUAAUUAUGUGAAUGCUGGAAUAUGAGGCUUAUGGAAAAAAUGAGAAAAUUGUGGUGGACUCCUUGUGCUGCUCAUUGUAUUGAUUUGAUGUUGGAGGAUAUUGGAAAGCUAAAUGUUCAUGCUACUACACUCUCUCGAGCUAGGCAAGUUGUGAAGUUCAUAUAUGGGCAUACUUGGGUUCUUAGCUUGAUGAGAACAUUUACAAAAAAUCAUGAACUUCUUCGUCCAGCAAUUACACGAUUUGCUACUACAUUUCUUACUCUCCAAAGCCUUUGUAAGCAAAAGCAAGCUCUUAUAGCAAUGUUCCCAUCAGAAAAAUGGUGUUCAAGCACAUGGGUUAAAAAGGUAGAAGGUGUGAAAACUCGAAGUACAGUGUUGUUUGAUCCAAAUUUUUGGCCUCAUGUUGCUUUUUGCAUAAAGACCACUGUUCCAUUAGUUAGUGUCUUGAGAGAGGUUGAUUCAGAGGAAAGACCAGCCAUGGGUUAUAAUUAUGAGUUGAUGGAUUCAGCUAAGGAGAAGAUUGCAUUUAAUUAUCGGGGCGUGGAGAGAAAAUAUGGCCUAAUUUGGAGAAAAAUUGAUGCAAGAUGGACUCCGCAACUUCAUCGACCUUUACAUGUAGCGGGUUAUUAUCUUAAUCCUCAAUUGCGGUAUGGAGAUAAGUUCUCUAAUGCUGAUGAGGUGAGGAAGGGAUUAUUUGAAUGCAUGGAUAGGAUGUUGGAUUAUCAAGAACGUUUAAAAGUUGACAUUCAGUUCGACUCAUAUGACCAAACAAUGGGUGAAUUUGGGAGUCGUAUUGCAAUUGAUUCUCGAACAUUAAGAAGUCCUACAAGUUGGUGGAUGUGUUUUAGGGGUUCAACACCGGAGUUGCAAAAGUUUGCUAUUCGAGUCCUUAGCCUUACUUGUAGUGCUUCGGGAUGUGAAAGAAAUUGGAGCACAUUUGAGUCGGUAAUACUUUUAUUUUUGUAAAUUUUUAUACAUAUAUUUCUAUGUCAAUGUUAGAGAACCUUAUUUCAUUUUAACACAUAAAUUUGAUACUUUUAUUAUUUGUAGAUCCAUACAAAAAAAAGAAAUAAACUUGAACAUCAAAGGUUGAAUGCUCUAGUGUAUGUAAGAUACAACACUAGAUUGAGAGAGCGAAGUCUACAAAGGAAACAAAAUGUUGAUCCGAUUUUGGUAGAGGAGAUUGAUUCAAAUGAUGAAUGGA